AUGCAUAUCUCCAAGAAGCUGGCUCUCGCCCGUGAGAGCAACAAACCCACCUUUUCCUUCGAAUUUUUCCCUCCGAAAACUGCCCAAGGCGUUCAAAACCUUUACGACCGUAUGGACCGUAUGCACGAUCUAGGCCCUACCUUCAUUGAUAUCACAUGGGGCGCAGGAGGUCGCCAUUCUACCCUGACCUUGGAGAUGGUAAAAGCCACCCAGUCUCAAUAUGGUCUAGAGACGUGCAUGCAUCUGACCUGUACCGACAUGGAAAGAUCCCAGAUCGACGAUGCCCUACGCUGCGCCUACAAAGCCGGAUGCACCAAUAUUCUUGCUCUUCGCGGAGAUCCCCCGAGAGAUCAGGACAAAUGGGAGGCCAAAGCAGAUGGGUUUCGCUAUGCCAAAGAUUUGGUCAAGUACAUCAAAGCAAAAUAUGGCGAUCAUUUCGAUAUCGGCGUCGCUGGUUAUGCAGAAGGCUGUGAUGAUCACAGAAAUGUCGACCUUCUGGUUGAGCAUCUCAAAGAAAAAGUCGACGCAGGCGCCUCAUUCGUUGUCACUCAGAUGUUUUAUGACGUCGACAUUUUCCUCAAGUGGGUAGAGAAAUGCCGUGCUCGUGGUAUCAACAUCCCCAUCAUUCCGGGGAUAAUGCCCAUUUCGACUUACGCUUCGUUCAUGAGACGUGCCGACUGGACUCAAUGCAACGUACCUUCUGAAUGGCACCAAGCCCUGGAUCCUGUCAAGAACGAUGAUGCAGCAGUCCGUGAUAUCGGCAAAGACUUGCUAGCAGAUUUAUGUCGACGCCUCCUCGACGCAGGCAUCCUGCAUCUUCACUUCUACACCAUGAACUUGGCACAAUCGACUAGGUUGAUCCUCGAAGAACUGGCCUUGACCCCCGACACAUCCGGAACGCCAUUGGAGAAGCCACUGCCAUGGAGACAAUCACUGGGAUUGAAUCGCCGGGACGAAACCGUGAGACCGAUUUUCUGGCGCAAUCGCAAUACCUCCUAUGUUGCACGAACUGCCGACUGGGAUGAAUUUCCCAACGGCCGUUGGGGUGACAGCAGGAGUCCCGCCUUUGGUGAGCUUGAUGCCUAUGAUAUUGGUCUCAAAGGAACCAACGAAAGCAACAUCAAAUUGUGGGGCAAACCCAAAACACUUCGCGAGGUCACAUCAUUAUUCAUCCGAUUCAUUGAGGGAGAUUUGGACAGACUUCCAUGGAGUGAAGGUGGAAUCAGUUCCGAAGCUGACAGCAUCAAGAAAAACCUGCUUGAGUUGAAUAAAAACGGCUUUCUUACCAUCAAUUCUCAACCUGCUGUUGAUGGAGCUUCUUCGUCACAUCCGGUAUAUGGAUGGGGUCCUGCCGGAGGCUGGGUUUAUCAGAAGGCCUACUUGGAACUGCUGGUCUUUCCCUCCAUUUUUGGCACAGUCCUUGAGCGACUUAACGCCAACCAAAAUCUGACCUACUACGCUGUUAACCAGAAGGGCCAACUCUUGACGAACACCAAGGAUGAAGGCCCAAAUGCAGUCACAUGGGGCAUUUUCCCUAAUCGUGAGAUCGUGCAGCCCACCAUUGUCGAGACCGUCUCUUUCUUGGCCUGGAAGGAUGAAGCGUUCCGUCUAGGUCAGGACUGGUCCAAGUGCUAUGCUCCAGGUUCCGGAAGCAGAAAGCUCAUAGAGGCCAUUAUGAGCCAGUGCUACCUGAUAAACAUUGUUAACAACGAUUUCCAUCAGACACACGAUAUAUUCGACAUUUUUGAGGGUCUUGCGGUAGGAGAUCUUGAUCUGUCCUUUGAGGAUGAUAUCACCGUUGAUUCGAGAAAUGGCAAUGGAAAAAUCGUCAAUGGUAGCGGAACCUCCGAUACUGAGCGCAAUAUCACCAAUGGUGAUCGACGAACAUUGCCAAUUCACACGAAUGGUACUAUUCACGCACAUUGA